AUGGCCACCCAGAAGGACUUGGACAAAAUCCUGGAGGAGGAGAAGUACCAUUUGGACAAUCAUUUGGAAGAGCCAAAGUGUAGCCUUGAGAAAGAGGAGGGUGAUGAAGACAUGGAUAAGGAAGGCAUAGAGGAUGAACUACAUGAGGAGGAGGAUGAAUAUGAUGAUGAGUAUAGGGAAGAUGAAGGGGAUGAUGUGGAAGAAGAGAAUGAAGAAGAGAAGGAUGAAGAAGAGGAUGAUGAUGAAGAGGUGGAGUGCAGAGCCACAUUAGCCCCCUCUAUGCAACUGAAGCAACCAAAUCAGUGCCUUGAGUGUGGGCAGAGCUUCCCACCUGGCUCAGAGGUGGUGAAGCCUCACUGCCCCCACCACAGUGCCCAGCCCUUUGUCUGUGGUGACUGCAGACACAGCUUCAGCCUCAGUGCCAAACUUGCCCAGCACAACAAGGUCCACAGUGAGAAGAAGCUGUAUGUCUCUGCAGGCUGUAGCAAGAGCUUCACUCACAGUCUGACCCUGAUUGCCCACUGGCACAGCCACAACAGGAAGAAGCCUUUUGCCUACACCGAUUGCACCAAGAGCUUCCGCCACAGCUCCUGCUUCUUUUGGCACCAUCAUGACCACACCGGCAAGAGGCCACAUGUCCACACUGAUGAGAAGCCCUUCACCUGCAGUGACUGUGGCAAGAGUUUCAGUGUCAGCUGCCAUCUCUUCUGGCACUAUCGUGUCCACACCAGUGAAAAGCCAUACCACUGCGCUGGUUGUGGCAAGACCUUCUGUUGGAGCAAGACCCUCAGCACCCACUGGCGUGUCCACACUGACAAGAAGCUCUUUGCCUGCACUGGCUGUGACAACACCUUCAGCCACGUCUCCCACUUCGUCCAGUACUGCCAUGUCCACACUAGCAGGAGGCUCUGCAACUGCAGUGACAGUGGCAAGAGCUUCCGUGGCAACUCUGAUGACAGUGAGAAGCCUCUCACCUGUAACGACCACGGCAAGAGCUUCACCGACAGCUCCCACAUAGACCAUCAUUGCCGCACCCACACUGGCAAGAAGCUGUAUGGCUGUGUUGACUGUGGUGUGAACUUCAGUUCCUACUUCGAUCUCACCCACCACCACCGUGUUCACACAGAUGAGAAGUCAUAUGUCUGUGGUGACUGCGGUAAAAGUGUCACUCAGUGGUUCAACCUCAUGCAGCACAACCGCACCCACACUUGCCAGAAGCCCUUCACCUGCACCAACUGUGGCAAGAGCUUCAGCCACAGAUCAAGCUCACCCAGAACAUUCAAACCCACACCAGUGACCAGCCAAUACUGGGGGACACGGAAAUACAAGGAGCUCGGCAUUUACAGGAAGCUGCAGGAGGAUCGUUAG